CUUUGUCUCAGAACUCGGAAGGAGACCCACGUUCAAAAGAACAGAACGAGCGAAGGCGAAGUGUGAAGAGCGUCGAGGCGGCGCGAGUCAGUCAACGGUUCUAAACUAUUCAAAGCUUUUGUAAUGCUUUCUCUUCUUAAAUGCUUGCCACCACGCAAUUUCAAGCCCAUUUUACAAUUGCAGCAACCAUGCAUUUAUCAUUUCUUUUCAUCUUCUUUGCAACACAAGAUAUCACAUGACCCUGACAACAAGAACAACAAGAACAACAACGUUGUCGUCGAUUUCAACCUUGUAUUCCGUUCUUGCACCAACAUCAAUGUCGCCAAGCAGCUUCACGCUCUUCUUCUGGUGUUGGGUAAAGCUCAAGAUGUUGUUUUGCUUACCCAGCUUGUUACUCUGUAUGCCACUCUCGGGGACCUCUCCUUGUCUAGCACCACAUUUAAGCACAUUCAGAGAAAGAACAUUUUUUCAUGGAACUCGAUGGUGUCUGCAUAUGUUAGGCGUGGGAGAUACCGUGAUUCCAUGGAUUGUGUCACUGAGUUGUUGUCCCUGUCUGGUGUGAGACCUGACUUUUACACUUUCCCUCCUGUGUUGAAAGCCUGCCUGAGUCUGGCUGAUGGGGAGAAGAUGCAUUGCUGGGUUUUGAAGAUGGGUUUUGAGCAUGAUGUGUACGUCGCUGCUUCUUUGAUCCAUUUGUAUUCGCGGUUUGGUGCUGUUGAGGUUGCCCACAAGGUGUUUGUUGAUAUGCCGGUUCGCGAUGUGGGGUCUUGGAAUGCCAUGAUUUCCGGGUUUUGUCAGAACGGGAAUGUGGCGGAGGCGUUGCGUGUUUUGGAUAGGAUGAAGACUGAGGAGGUGAAGAUGGACACUGUUACGGUGUCUAGCAUGCUUCCGAUUUGCGCGCAAUCAAAUGAUGUUGUUGGUGGGGUGUUGGUUCAUUUGUAUGUGAUAAAGCACGGGUUGGAAAGUGAUGUGUUUGUUAGCAAUGCUUUGAUCAAUAUGUAUUCCAAGUUUGGUAGGCUGCAGGAUGCACAGAGGGUUUUUGAUGGCAUGGAAGUGAGGGAUUUGGUGUCUUGGAAUUCUAUAAUUGCUGCGUAUGAGCAGAAUGAUGAUCCGGUUACUGCUCUUGGAUUCUUUAAAGAGAUGCUGUUUGUUGGAAUGCGACCUGACCUGUUGACAGUUGUGAGUUUGGCCUCAAUUUUUGGUCAGUUAAGUGAUCGGAGGAUUGGCAGGGCUGUUCAUGGAUUUGUUGUGAGAUGUAGAUGGCUUGAGGUAGACAUUGUGAUUGGUAAUGCACUUGUUAACAUGUAUGCCAAAUUGGGUUCUAUAGAUUGUGCACGUGCAGUUUUUGAACAGCUUCCUAGCAGAGAUGUUAUUUCAUGGAACACUUUGAUCACAGGUUAUGCUCAAAAUGGUCUUGCAAGUGAAGCAAUUGAUGCUUACAACAUGAUGGAAGAGGGUAGAACGAUAGUCCCCAACCAAGGGACAUGGGUGAGCAUUCUCCCAGCAUAUUCCCAUGUUGGAGCAUUGCAGCAAGGAAUGAAAAUUCAUGGGAGGCUAAUCAAGAAUUGUCUCUUCUUGGAUGUCUUUGUGGCUACCUGCCUGAUUGACAUGUAUGGAAAAUGUGGAAGGUUAGAGGAUGCGAUGUCCUUAUUCUAUGAAAUUCCACAGGAAACAUCAGUUCCUUGGAAUGCCAUAAUAUCUUCUCUCGGGAUUCAUGGGCAUGGAGAAAAAGCUUUGCAACUUUUCAAGGAUAUGCGAGCUGAUGGGGUGAAGGCAGAUCAUAUUACCUUUGUAUCAUUGUUGUCGGCUUGUAGCCAUUCUGGUUUAGUUGAUGAGGCUCAAUGGUGCUUUGAUACGAUGCAGAAAGAGUACAGGAUCAAGCCUAAUUUGAAGCAUUAUGGCUGCAUGGUGGAUUUGUUUGGCAGAGCUGGGUAUUUGGAGAAGGCAUAUAAUUUAGUAAGCAAUAUGCCUAUACAGGCAGAUGCAUCAAUUUGGGGCACUCUUCUUGCUGCUUGUAGAAUACAUGGAAAUGCAGAAUUGGGUACUUUUGCUUCUGAUCGCUUACUGGAAGUUGAUUCAGAGAAUGUUGGCUAUUAUGUUUUGCUGUCAAAUAUCUAUGCUAAUGUUGGAAAAUGGGAAGGAGCAGUUAAAGUACGAUCAUUGGCCAGAGAUAGGGGAUUGAGGAAGACUCCUGGAUGGAGCUCUGUUGUAGUAGGUAGUGUAGUUGAAGUCUUUUAUGCUGGGAACCAAUCCCAUCCACAAUGUGCAGAGAUAUACGAGGAAUUAAGGGUUUUGAAUGCCAAAAUGAAGAGCCUUGGUUAUGUUCCAGACUAUAGUUUUGUCCUACAAGAUGUUGAGGAGGAUGAGAAAGAGGAGAUUUUGACAAGUCAUAGUGAGAGACUGGCCAUUGUAUUUGGAAUUAUCAGUACCCCACCAAAAAGUCCCAUCAGGAUAUUUAAAAACUUGCGGGUUUGUGGUGAUUGCCAUAAUGCAACUAAGUACAUAUCCAAAAUUACUGAGAGGGAGAUUAUUGUGAGGGAUUCAAACCGUUUUCAUCACUUUAAAGAUGGGAUUUGUUCAUGUGGUGAUUACUGGUGAUAGUCCCAAUUAUGCAAGCUUGAAAAGAUUGACCAUAACUGCAUAUCUUAAUUACAGAGACAUCCUCAACCUGGCAUUGGUUUGUUACUGCAGCACAACUGCCAAUUGUCGAGGUCAUGUGUUUUAUGGACUACCAAAAAGUAUAUGGUGUUUUGCCUGAACUUCAGGUCAUUGUUGGCCAGCCAGCAUUGUCAAGGACUGCGGUUUGUACCCAUAUUUUUAAAGUCUGUAGUUUGCUUUGAGUAUCACUUUCACUCACUAACAUUCCAAAUGUAGUAUGGGCAAUUGCCCUCAAUCUGGGUUCAACUCUUGGGAAAUAUUGUUGUGAUGUCUCAAGCUGCAUGGAAGGUGUUUAUAAUAUUGAUUCCAGUCAUGGCAGCAUGCAUAUAGUACCAGGUAGCUUUAUGGAUAGUGUCUAACCUAUAUUAUUUGACAACAGUAACAACAAAUCUCAGCAAAUGAAUAUAUUGUUAUACAGUGCUACUGCGGUUGAUGGCUGAAUUUCGGAUUGGAUAUUUAGUCCACUCUCACAUUUGUUGUCUGUUUGGUUUUCUUGAUAUCUUUUCCAAAUUCAAUGACUGCUCCUGGUGUCACCGGAUGGGCUGACAUAUGGACUUAAUCUAAACACUCUACAAUUUAAUAUAAUCUGGUUCCUUUGCACUUUGGAGAACAAAAUGUAUCUGUUUAAAGAGUAUUCAAGUACACAUCCCUUCCAAGUGAAGCUCCUCUUGUGAUAAAAGACAACCAACCAGAUUAUUGUUGGUCAUCAUUUGGAGAGGUUCAUAUCUGGGAUUUACAGGUACACUUCAAAGGUUCGAUAUGCUCCUCACUUUUCUCUUGUUUUACGAGGUCUUACUUGCAUGUUUCCUGCUGUGCUGGAGCAAAAACUGGUAUUGUGGGAAGAACAGGAAGUGGAAAAUCAACCCCAGCGCAAACACUUUCCCGACUCAUUGAACCUGUUGCUGGACAAAUAUUGAUAGAUAGUGUUAACAUUUCUUUGAUGGGAAUUCAUGAUUUGUGGUCCAGACUAAACAUUAUUCCUCAAGAUCCAACAAUGUUUGAAGGGACUGUAAGAACCAACCUGGACCCACUGGAAGAGUACACAGAUGAACAGAUUUGUGAGGUAGUUUGGUUUUGUUUGACAGUAUGAAGCACUUAUCUAUUUAGUGCAGGUUAUACAUAUUAAUUUCUUUUUAGAAAUAUUUCAGGUUCUAGAUAUGUGCCAACUUGGAGAUGUAGGAAAAAAAGGGAAGCUUGACUUCUCAAAACUUUGAACAUAGACAUAGCAUGGGUUAAAGUCACGAUCAUAUGUCUAAAUGUAGUAAGAAUGUAUUAUUUAUCAUUAUGAGUUUUUGCAGUUACUGAGAAUGGAGAAAAUUGGAGUAUGGGUCAAAGGCAGUUGGUCUGCCUCUGCCGUGUUCUACUUAAGAAAAGAAAGAUCUUGGUGCUUGAUGAAGCUACUGCAUCAGUUGAUACAGCCACAGAUAAUAUUAUUCAGCAAACAGUUAAGCAACAUUUUUCAGAAUGCACAUUCAUUACCAUUGCUCAUUGGAUAACUUAAAUCAUUGAUAGUGAUAAUGGUUCUGUUUUUAAAUCAAGGGUUGAUUAAGAACAAAUCUUCAUCUCUAGCCGAACUAGUUGCAGAAUACACAAUGCAGAAUACACAAGGAGGUCAAACUCUGGUUUUGGAAAUUAAAUUGAAAUUGAUGAUAUGUCUGGUCAUCAUUACACUUCAUGUAGUGUCUUACCUUACUGGACUUCGACAGAGUUUUUAGUGGCUACACUUUAUAUUAGUCUUACUGAGGCUUGUCUUGUACAAGACUCACUCUACGUCACAUUACUUAUGCUCACAAAUAAUUUAUGCAUACUUUGUGAAUCAUGAUGCAGAUUAUUGCAAAGUUAAUGAUCUGGGUGUAAUCUUAGGGCCUGUUUGUAAACUCAUCCAAUUUAAUAUGGUGUAUAGAUGUACAUACAAUAAGGUAACUCUUAGUCCACAUUUAUGUCAGUCAUUCAAAUGGAAUGAAAGAGAUAGAUCAAAGAAAAUGUUCCAUAUGAAAAAAAAAAAAAAACUUGGCUAAAUGAGAUUGAAGUUCAAAUUUUCUGAAUAGUUGA